UUUAUUCAGUAUCUAUCACUCGUUCGACCAUGUCGCCGCUUCUGCUUGUGAUAUUUGUGUUACUUGCAGUGUAUAAAUUAUACAGAUUCGUUUACGACAAGCCACCAAAUUCACCUCCAGGUCUCAUCAGGAUUCCAAUAGGAGGAUCUUAUUGGCUGUUCUUAUGGAGAAACUACAAAUACGUACAUUUAGCUAUGGAGUAUUACGCGAAAAAGCUAAAUUCAAAGCUUUACAGCUGCUAUAUGGGCGAUUAUUUUGCAGUGAUUGCGAAUGAUUAUGUUAACGUAAAGGAGAUACUCUCGAAGGAGGAGUACGACGGUCGAAUCACAGACGCGGAUUUUAUAAAAGAUCGAGCUUUCAAAAAGAAGCUAGGUGUAUUUUUCAUCGAUGGCCCACAAUGGCAAGAACAGAGGAGAUUUGCUCUCCGUCAUAUGCGCGAUUUUGGAUUUGGUCGACGUCAGGAGAAACUCGAGAGCGAAAUCAUGGAUGAGAUGACCCUAUUCAUGGACAUCCUGAAAAACGGACCCAUUUAUGACGGAGAAAAAGAAAUAAUAAAGGGAAAUCUGGCUCUCUUCCCGGACGUUUUGUACGCGUCAUCAGCAAAUAAUAUAUGGAACGUGAUGUUCGGUCACAGAUUCGAUAGAAGCGAGCACGAUAUUUCACGGCAUCUCUGUCGUUCUGCCUUAAUAUUUCAAAGAGCAAACGAUCCGUCUGGCGGGGCACUUUUUCAACGACCGUUCUUGAAAUACUUCGGCAAUAUGUUCGGCUAUAAGAAUCAUAUAAAAGGAAAUUACGCGAUAGUAGAUGUUAUCAAGGAAGGUCUGGAGCGUCAAAAAGCUACUCUCAGCGAAAACGUCGAUCGAGGAUUCAUCGAUAUAUAUUUGAAAAAAUUAAAUGAAGAUGAUAAGUCACCUUAUUUUACGGAAGAGCAACUGAUCAUUUUACUGGUCGAUGUUAUGUUUCCUGCUUUCUCCGCAGUACCAAGUGUUAUUACCCACGCUAUUAAGCACUUGAUGCACAAUCCCAAAGUUAUGAAGAAAGUCCAGGAUGAAAUAGAUAACGUCGUUGGAACCGGCCGACUCGUUUCAUGGGAGGAUAGAGCAAAUCUACCCUACACGGAAGCGACAAUUCGAGAAUCUAUGAGAAUCGAGACACUUGCUCCGCUUGGCGUAAUUCACAGAUCCGUGAAAAAAACCACAUUAGGAGGGUACGAAAUACCGGCGAACAUACCGGUUGUCACCAAUUUAGCGGCGAUGAAUAAUGAUCCUGACAUGUGGGGCGAUCCCGAAAAUUUUAGGCCAGAAAGAUUUUUGAAAGAAGAUGGGCAAUUAGGCAAAGAUUUAUCGCUCCCCUUUGGGUUUGGCCGUCGAUUAUGCGCGGGAGAAACUUAUGCUAGAUUUAAUAUCUUCCAAUCGAUAGCUCUCUUGAUGCAAAACUUCAACUUCUUUUUCGUUGAGGGUGAACCGUCGAGUCUCGAAGACAAGGUACCUGGUUUAAUCAUCAGUCCUAAAGAGUUAUGGAUACGCUUAGAAUUACGUUAAUUUCCGUUUUUCCAAUAUUCAAAAUAGAUAAAGUGCAAGUAUGUAUAAAAGUAUCUUCAUAUUUCGCGUAAAAAUUGGGAUAAAACUUUUGAACACAAUUAACGACUAGCUUUAUAUUCUAAAUCAUGUCCGUAUUUGUGUGACGUAUGUAUGUAUUAGUCUUAACGUAAUUCUAGCGUAUCUAUAUGUGUGUGUGCGUUUCUGCGCGCGCUUAUAACAAUUUGAAGAUUAUUAUGUGUGUAUGAUAUUAGUUGCUUUAGGAAGAAAUUAUAUAAAAUAUAAAAUAUAUUAUU